UUACAUUUAUAUCGGUUUUCAUGAAUAAAUAUUACUGAUUUUCAUAGGGCUUUGAGUGAUUUUCAUGUAUGUGCCCUUACUUAUUUGUUUGGAUACAUAGUUUUACGGAUAUUUGCGUCUUCACAGAACAUACCGGAGGAGGGAGGAGAAUCUAACAGCCAUACAGGAAAAGUGCACGUUUCUGAAACACACUCGGAUUUUGUCAUCAUUUUAAGGUGACAAAGACUUUGACAAUGUCGUCUGGAAAUAGCGGUCGAGGGAAAAAGCGGUCUCGAGCCCAAGCCAAUGAGGAUGGUGCAGGAACAUCAACAAGUGCACCCGCUCCAAAAUCAUCGAAAGCCAGCGCCAACAAUAAACUGAUGAGUACUUCGUUGAAACGGAUCCAGAAAGAGCUAGCUGAGAUAACUCUUGACCCUCCCCCAAAUUGCAGUGCUGGACCAAAGGGAGACAACCUAUUUGAAUGGGUGUCAACAAUCCUGGGACCCCCAGGCACGGUGUACGAGGGCGGAGUCUUCUUCCUUGAUAUUCACUUCACAUCCGAGUACCCUUUCAAACCACCGAAGGUUACGUUCCGCACCAGAAUUUACCACUGCAACAUAAACAGCCAAGGAAAUAUCUGCCUCGAUAUUCUUAAAGACAACUGGUCUCCUGCAUUGACCAUCUCAAAAGUUCUUCUUUCUAUUUGUUCGUUACUUACUGACUGUAACCCUGGAGAUCCAUUGGUCGGGAGUAUCGCAACACUUUACCUGCAAAAUCGUACAGAGCAUGAUCGAGUUGCUCGUCAGUGGACGAAGCGAUUCGCUACGGGACUUCAAUCUACGAAUAAUGGUAUUAAUGGUACAAAUAACGGUGAUUCGAACAAUGUUUCAGACAGUAAUACACCUAGUCCUGCAUCCGUGUCAUAAUGAUUCAUCUAUGUCAUGUAGAAAAUUGGAUAAUCUGUUGUUGAAAUCUGUGUGAUCCUGAGGAUUGGACUUUGCAGUGGAAAUCUGUGUAAUCCUAAGGAUUUGCGAAAUCUGUGUAAUCCUAGGGAUUUGCGAAAUCGGUGUAAUCCUAGGGAUUUUGGAAAUCUGUGUAAUCCUAGGGAUUUGCGAAAUCUGUGUAAUCCUAGGGAUUUUGGAAAUCUGUUAUUCUGAGGAUCUGAACAAUGAAAUCUGUGUAUUUCCGAGGAAUGGAAAUAGGUUGGAAUCUGAGUCAUGCCUAGAGGAUUGGUAGACUUGUGGAAAGCGGUGUUAAAUCCUAAGGAUUUGAAUACUUGUGAAAUUAAGUGGAUUAGAAAAAAGCAUGUGUAUGUUGAAACUGGUCAUAUAUAUAAAAUGUGAAAAAUAUAGAGAUUUCAAUUGAGUAUUGUUGUAUUUGUCCGGAGAAUAAUUGUAGCACUCUUAAAGCAGUCAAUGAAUUCUCAAUUCUUGAUUAAUCAAUUCAUUAAUGAGUUGAAUUUAUUCAAGAGCUGGUGUGUGAUUCCUUGAAGGACAUUAUAAGUUUGAUGUUUAUUGUCAAAUUGUGUACAUGUAAAGAGGUCUCUUUCAAACUGUACCUCAUGUGUAUGUACAUGUACGAAAACAGAUAUUUUGGAGAUAACUUUUAGAAAUUGUUUGUAAAAAAGAAUGGAAAAAAGUGCUAUGUUGAACACAUGGAUACGUGUGCCAAGUUAAGAAUCUGUAAAAAUACUAUCCAACCAAAGAAUGCAUUCUGCAAUGGAUUUAAGGGAGAGGGGGGGGGUAUCAUAUCCAUUCUAGAUAUCUCAUAAUUCUAGUAGAGUUAUUAAUUUUGCUUUUAUAUUGAAGCCGUAAAACAAAGAUUUACUUUCCAAUUUUAUGACUAGAUCUUUAUUAUUUUUUUCAAAGAUAGUUUACAAUUUUUGAAGAACUUAAAGAUAUGAUUAAGUUUAUUAAAUUGUCUGGGCUGAUGUUCAUAAAAAAUCUCAAGCCAUUUCGCAACUUAACUCCAUUUCAUAAUUCUUUCAUUGUCAAAUUAAAAGGAAAGUAGACGUGUUUUGAAAAUAAAAAUAUGAAUAUUGAAUAAAAUAAAUGUCUAUUAAGUAUUUCAGAUACUUUUGAAAUUAUUAUAUCAUGUGAUCAGUGAGAUUCUAAAAAUAAAAAGGAAAAUGACUUAAGAUGUUUUAUGAAUGCCGGCCUUGCUCCAUUGAUCUUGCAUGGAGCAUUGAGAAGUAUUACAUUGACUUUUGUGUUGACCAUUAAAUGUUUAUUACUGUACAAAAUUUAUCCGAUUUAUAUUUGUAGUUAAUGACUACUGCUUUUGUAAAUACUGUGAAAUUGCUGUUGUGUUUUAAACAUUAGUUAUAUUUUUGACAUAUUUUCAAAUGCGACCUGGUAAAACAAAACUCUUUUUGUAAAAUUUUAUGAAGAAGUGAAGAAAUGCAUUCAAAAAGUCAAAAAUGCUUUCAAUAUCAUAAUUAGCAUAUCUAAACAAAUGAGAUUUUAUUAAAAUAAACUUUGUAUUAGUAUUUCUUAUUGAAAUUCAUUUCAUAAAUCAGCAAAUUCACUUUUUGCCAACAUUUGAAACAUAAGACCUUGUAUUUUACAUUUGAAACAUAGACAGACAUUCCGUGGCUGCCUAUUAAAUGAAAAAGAACGAGUAGUUAUUAUAUUCUACCCGUUAAACGAUAUCCCAUCAAUUUAUAUCACAUUGAUUAGAUAAAUGUGAGCAUGCAAAUAUUUGUAUUGAAUUUAUCAAUAUUAGUUUUAACUUUUGAUAUGAUGAACAUAAUUGAAAUUCUAUUACACAACAUUUUUGAGUUGUCGAUGUGUCAUGGAGACUGACCAAUGGGCCUAUAAGGUAUAUGUAUGAUUGUAAUACAUUGAUGAAAUUUGUACAAGAUUUAAAAAACACAUUGCUUGACUUUUCAUUUCAAAUUUCAUUUCUUAUUUGAGAUUUUAUAAAAGUACAUCAUACCAUUUUCCAGUCGCCAACUUUUGCACCAUGUAAUGUAUUUAGCUUUAAUAAAUUUGAAGUAUUGUCAUAGCCAUGGUAUCAACAUUUUCAUUAGUGUCCUUGUGCAAGAUAUUACAUGAAACUUGGUACACAGGUUGCUAGAGACAAUAAGUAUUAUGCUUAUGAUCACAUAUGUGUAGCAAAGCCCGUAGCCCUGUCUCAGAUCAUAGUCGUGCUAGCCCGGGCCCUUUUUGUCUGAAAUUAAAAAACAGUCGACAUUCGCAGUUUAAGUACCUUUUACAAUUAUAUUCAGUCGCCUGUUUUAGUAAAUUUCUGGCUGAGGUGAAUGAAAAUGAGUUAAAAAGAAGUGGGCGUUAUGAAUUACUCGUAUCGAAUAUAUAGUAGCUCUAUUCAAUAACAUUGCUUUGUACAUACAGCGAAAAAAUGAUGAGUAAUUGUUUUCUAGGUUUACAUAAUUAUGAAUGAAUAUAUUGACAUUGGUUUUUAUGCUGUAUUUUGUCAAAGGUGAAUAAUAAAAUUGUUAUGUGA